AAUACUUUUUAAAAAGGAAAAAAAUUCUUUCUCGGUCCAUAUAUGGAAACCCCAAUGCCAAACAUUUAUCUUUGUUCAAAAAAAAAAAAAAAAAACCCCUCUCUCUGUUCUGCCAUGAUUAGAGAAAGACUUCAAAUUUUUGUUUUGCUGCUCAUCACCCAAAUAAUUUGCAAUGCUACGGAAACAAAUCACUGUCCUCCUUCUUCAUGUGGGAAUAUCCACAACAUUAGUUACCCUUUCCGAUUACAAACUGAUCCAAAACAUUGCGGAAAACAUGGAUAUGAGCUUUCUUGCGAAAAUAAUAUCACAGUGUUGAAUCUAUUCAGAGGAAGAUACUAUGUGCAGGCCAUCAACUACGAUCACUUCACCAUCCGACUGAUGGAUGAUGGCAUCAACCCAGAUGAUUGCUCCUCCAUUCCUCGUUUUCCUUUAACUCCUAGCAAAUUAUCGGAGGAAAAUGAUCGAUACUGGAGUGUCUAUUCACAGCCUAUGAUUAGUUUCAUAAAGUGCCCAAAUCCAGUGUACUCUCCUUCUUAUCUGGACUGGUCUACUUGCAUUAAUGGAGGUUCUGCUUUGCAGACGCAUACCUAUGCGAAGAUUAUAGAUGAAAAUACCGAGGUAUCUGAUUUGAUGGAGUUGUGCAGCGUAGAGAUGAUUUAUUUGCUUCCAGAUGAAAAGGCUCUCGAGAACAAGGAUAAUAAUAAUAUAUCCUGCGUUGAAAUUCACAGGCAACUUGCAUAUGGGUUUGAGCUUUUCUGGGACUACAACAAGUCUUUGCCAAUCCUCCUGGACACUAAUGACCGCUUCAGUAUACAAGAUCUGCCCUAUACAUUGAUGGAGGGAAUCUAUGCGAUCGUCUAUGCAAUCGAAUUUGAGUACCCAUUGAUAUUCGAGUUUAUUGUCUUGCAUUUUGUCUCUCUUGAAUGCUUCCAUAAAUUUCAUGCAGGAAUUUUUUUUAUUGGAAGAGCUUUAUGUGGACUUCCGUGUCUCUUCGCCUUUCUUGUAUUCAAAUGGCGAAGGAAACAUCGGUCGGAAUAUGACACAAUUGAAGAAUUCCUACAAACCCAUAAUAACCUUAUGCCGAUAAGAUAUUCUUACUCGGACAUUAAGAAGAUUACUAGAGGUUUGAAGGAAAAGUUGGGAGAAGGAGGCUUUGGUUCUGUGUAUAAAGGAAAGCUUCGUAGUGGUCAAUUUGCUGCAGUGAAAAUAUUGGAUAAAUCUAAAGCUGAUGGACAAGAUUUUAUUAAUGAAGUUGCUACUACUGGGAAGAUUCACCAUGUUAAUGUGGUAAAACUAAUUGGUUUUUGUGCCGAGGGAUCAAGACGAGCUCUUAUAUAUGAAUUCAUGUCUAAAGGAUCUCUUAAUAAUUAUAUUACUUGUCGUGAAGGAUCCAUUUCUUUAAGUUGGGAAAAACUAUAUGAGAUAUCCCUUGGAGUUGCUCGUGGCAUUGAAUAUCUACAUCGAGGUUGUGACAUGCAAAUCCUUCAUUUUGAUAUCAAACCUCACAACAUUCUUUUGGAUGAAAAUUUCACUCCAAAGAUAUCUGAUUUUGGGAUUGCUAAAUUUUAUCCAACCAAGGGUAGCAUUCCAUCUCUUACAGCUGCAGGGGGAACUCGAGGAUAUAUGGCACCAGAGAUAUUCUAUAGAAACAAAUUCUACAAAAACAUUGAACGUGUCUCAUAUAAAGCAGAUGUGUAUAGCUUUGGACAAUUGGUGUUAGAAAUGGCGGACAGAGAGAAGAAAGUAAAUGCAUUUGUUGAAAGUUUAAGUGACGUUUACAGUCCAUAUCGGCUUCAUGACCAACUCUCUAGUGGAAACUUACCAAUAGAAGAUAUAGAAAAGGAGGAAAAUAUAAAAGCUAGGAAAAUGAUGAUAACAGGAUUAUGGUGCGUACAGUUUCAACCUUCUAAUCGUCCUGCAAUGAACAAAGUUAUAGAGAUGCUUGAAGGAGAUUUUGAAAGCCUACAAAUGCCUCCCAGGCCUGUUCUAUUUCCUGCAGAUUCAAUGAUUACGGAUGGGGGAAGAUUGUCAUUAACAUCAGAUGAGUUUACAGAAUCAAAUAGCUUGGCUGAAAAUUCGGGAGGACACAUAGGAAAUAUUCUGCUCAGUGCAGGGGAAGGCCAACAUGCCACUCGUUGAAAGAGUAGUCUUUCCAUUUUAAAUGGUAGAACAGAAAUCUUCUCCAUCUUGCAUCCUUUUAAAUUGCUCUAAACACUAGAGUUGAUUAAUGACUCGAUGAUAGUUUGUAAUGAUUCUGUUUUUAACUUGCAAGUGCAAGCUACCUUUAUUUGCAUCGUAUUUGUGGUUCUUCUAAACCUAAUGAUAAUGCAUUUGCAGAUGUUUCACUA